AUGACAGGACAUAGUACGCAAACGAUUGGAUCAAAAGAGUUUUUAGCCACAGGUUCAUCGUUCAGAGCUCUUGCAUAUUUAUUUAGGAUUUCAGACAAUACCAUUGGUUGUAUUACACAUGAAACGUGUAACGCUAUUUGGGAAAAUCUUUCUGCUAUUCAUAUGAAGUUUCCAUCAAGCGAAGAUAUGGACAAUAUUACUAAUGAUUUUUGGACCAAAUGGGGAUUUCCUAAUUGCUCUGGCAGCAUUGAUGGUAAACAUAUACGGAUUAACGCACCAGCGCAUUCUGGCAGCAUGUUCCGUAAUUAUAAGUGCUUUUUCUCCAUUGUAUUGCAAGCUGUUGUGGAUGCAAACUAUAGAUUUCUUGCUGUAGAUAUGGGAGCCUAUGGUAAAGAGAGUGACGGUGGAAUAUUUUCGCAUUCAAAUCUUUCACAACAAUUGGAAAAUGGUGCUCUCAACGCAAACCAAGAAAAAGUAUUACCUGGAAGUAACAUAGCUUUACCUCACUUCUUAGUUGGUGAUGAAGCUUACCCGUUAAAGACCUAUCUAAUGCGCCCUUAUCACCAAAAAAUUUGGGCCCAGAAGAAGAAAUAUUUAACAAACGCUUAA